UGUGUUAAAAAUCAUAAAAAUAAACAAAGUUCUCGAAAUACAAUGUCUAAGAGUUCAUGUCAUUUUUUUCCCACCGAACACACCUUAUGCUAUGUUUAUAUCAGUAAAAUGUAAUAGAUGGCAGAGAAAAGUUUAAAAGUGUUGUCCCGUGUUUUGGCGGAUGGCUUGUUCGGUAAUGUUGGUGGGUCUACUCAGUCGACAACUAACACCGUUAAUGUUUUGAAUAGAGGGUUUGAGACGUUUGUCAUCAGCAUUCGCAAAGCUCGGUCUAAACAUGAAGAAGGUCAGAUUGUUGGAAGAGAAUUGGAAGCCCUUAAGACAAGUCUUGCUCUUCCAAAGUUGUCCAUGGGCCAGAUGAAGGACUAUCUGUGUAGAACGAUCCUGUGUCAUUUACUUGGUUACGAUGUAGACUUUGGCGCAAUACAUGCUGUCAAACUGGCCCAACAAGGCACACUGUUAGAGAAGAGAACAGGAUACCUUGCCUGUUGCCUGCUCCUUAAUAGAGAACAUGAGUUGACUCUGCUCCUCAUCAACACCAUACAGAAGGACUUGAAGAGCAGUAAUCUUUUGGACAAUAUGUUGGCCCUGUCUGCGGCCGGUCAGCUGGUUCCUACAGAGAUGGUACCCAGCAUACUCCCACUGGCCAUUUCUAAACUACAACACCAGAGAGAGUUGGUCCGACAGAAAGCGGUGUUGUGUCUGCACCAUCUGCAGUUACUUGCCCCUGAAUUGUUGGCCCAUUGCCAGGAGAGUCUAGAGAGGGCCUUGCUGGAUAAAGACCCAGGGGUCAUGGCUGCUGCCCUGCACUCCCUCUAUCAUAAUAUACAGACAAAUCCAAGCAAGCACCUGCAGUCAGGGGAUAUGUUGGUUUCUGUGCUACAGCAGCUUGUUGCUAGGAAACUGGCGGCCAUGUUUGAAUAUCACAACACUCCAGCGCCAUGGCUACAGAUACACAUCAUCAAAUGUCUGUCCUUGCUGACCCCUCUUGAUGAUCAGCUGAAGUUCAAAGUAUCCACUGUUUUGAAGAUGAUAUUACAAAGGACAAGUCUGAAGGAACCAAUUGCAUUUGCUGUGUUGUAUGAAGUGAUACAGUGCAUCCUGAAGAUGAAAGCUGAUAAACCAGUGGUGGAUGAGGCUGCUGAGCACGUAAAACGCUUUCUCAACUCCUCCGAACCAAACCUCAAGUUCAUAGGUGUGAAGCUCCUGGUGAGCCUGGUUGGGCUGAGCCCAGAGUACGCCAUUGAAUACCAGGACAUGAUAGUGACCUCCCUUGAUCACCCAGACCCCGCUCUACAGAAACAGAUGCAUACAGUGCUUUACGGUGUAGCCUGUCUGGAUAACGUGGAAGUGGUCACAUUCAGGCUGCUGCAGCAGGUGGACACAACAUCAGACAGAUUCUGGAGGGCAGAUCUCGUAGCCAUGGUCACAGAACUUGUUCACAGGUUUCCAGGGAAGAGGAAGUGGGAGGUGGACACAUUGUUUACUGCUCUACAAUACUGUGGAGAAACAGCAGACAGGGCUUACAUUAGCAGGCUUAGGACACUUGUACACACAAGGUACCUGAGCAAGCAGAGUGAGGAGACGUGUCAGAAGUACCUGGUACAGAAGUGUGUGGUUGCCCUUAUGUCUGCCAAGUCCUCAUGUCCUCUACUGCAGAUAGCUCUCUGGAUUCUCAGCGAGUUAUGUGGGAUGCUGCAGCAUUUAGAGGAGGGCCGCACCAUUGGUCUACUGACAGGCCUGCUUCACCGCCCUGGGACCCCUUAUCCUGUUCUGGUGGGUGCGGUCACCUGUCUACAGUCACUGGUCACUGCCCAGAUCAUCUCCCAAGAUACACUAGCAACCACUCUUCAGGAUUGUCUAGACUUAGACCUUUCUCUUGUUAUAAAGCAGAGGUUAUCUGUGAUAGAGAGAGUGUGUUACUUAAAACUUACUCUUCACCACUACAAGGCUGAUUGCAUGGAUACAACCUUGACCUUCCUAGAUGACAUUGUGAGCUCCCACCUAGAGGCCGGAGCCAUGCCAUAUACACCACCGCACCUACGACAUGCACAUAAAGUCCUUUGUCCUACAGGAGGCGAGGCCCUGGACCCAGGGGAGAGUGUGUACACAGAGGAUGAGAAGGAGGGGGACAGCUCCAUGACCGGGGACAGACUGCACACAGGAAGCACAUCCUCCACUCAUACCGAUGGAGACAGGGACAGCGGGUUCAGUCAGUCUGGAGUGAAGAGAGUGUGGGGCAAACAAGGUCGACUGGACACGCCCACCAGACCGGCUAACCUAGAGAAACAGGAGAACUUGAUAGAGGAUGUUGAUACAAGCAAACAAGACCUGGCAAAAGCACUCUUUGGGAGUUUGCAGGGUAAUAAACCAUUAGAAAAGCCAGUACAGAAGAUAGUGACAGGGUUUGAAGACAAUGACAGUGACGAAGAGGAAAGUCCCUACAUAACAAAGGCCACCUCCAACCCAGGGCGGUGGUCCAACAUGAACGCGGUGGCUGAGAGUAAAAGUGACGUUGAUGCUUCUCUAAGGAGUGAUUCUGAACACUUUGCACAAGAUAUGUACUUGGAUAAACCAACAGAAGGAUUAUUUGGACCAGGCAAUAGUUUGUUAAAUGAAGGUGUUAGAACAGAUGGAAAAGUGUCAGAAAAUGAUGCUAGUGCAAGUGUAGAUGUGUUACCCACCGAGAGUAAUACUGCUGGUGGUCUGAUUGAUGAUAAUGUAGACAUGGACCUUAAUGCAGCUCUGUCCUCAAUAUUAGAUGAUACAGGCAAUGAGGCUACUGGGCUUCUAAACAGAAAUGCUUUUGAACAAAAGACUGGAGAUGCAGUUUUAUUUGGUGCAGAAUUUAAUUUAAAUUUUGACAAUAGUUUGCCUAGUAGUUCUCAUAAUCAAUCUUUCAUGAGUACUGCUGAACAUGCAGAGGAAGUGCAAUCAUCUAUUUAUGAUAGUGAUUAAUAUGCAUUGUUGUUCAUAUUGUUGUUAAACUAAGAAAACACCAUC